AUGGAGAGAUCCCGAUCGAAGCGCGGGUACUACUACGAGCAGGACUCCGAUUCCCAGGCAUCGCCGCCGCCGCCGCCCCGGACAAAGGGAAGGUAUUACCACGGCGGCGGGCACUAUGGCGGCGCCGGGGGUGGACAUCACCGUCGCAGCGGGGAGCGGCGGCCUCUGCCACCGCCGUCCUCUUCCUCGUCCUCGGCCUCCAAAUUCCAGGAUGCGCAGCCACCUUCCACCUCCGUCACCACGAGCUUCCGUAUCCUGUGCUCCGAUGAGAAGGCUGGGAGCGUGAUCGGCAAGUCUGGGUGUUUCCUCAAGACCUUCCGGCAGGAGACCGGCGCGUGGAUCAGUGUCCACCCGCUGGCCCCCGGCGAUGACGAGCUGAUCAUCGAAACAUCUGACAGUCGGCGGAGGGAGCCCGACGGGCGGCCGCCGCAGUACUCCCCUGCACAAGAGGCGCUGCUCAUGAUCCACGAGAGGAUCCUGGAUGCUGGAUUCGAGAUGGAAGGAGACGACGAAGACGACGAGUACGGUGGUGGUGGAUGGGGCGGAGCAGGGGGGGAAAGGGACCGCGGCCGGGUGACCACCAGGUUGGUGGUUCCCAGGGGGCACGUUGGUUGCUUGAUGGGGAAGGGCGGCAAGAUAAUUGAGCAGAUGAGAAUUGAGACGAAGACUCACAUCCGGAUAUUACCUCGAGACCAUAACACUCCACGCUGUGUUUCCAUGUCCGAGGAGGUUGUUCAGGUAUCGAUCACCCAUGAUUUAUGCCUGAUCUCCUUGCCAAACUGUGAACGUUUUCACAAUGCCCUUUUCGGUGCAUCUCUUCUUCUGUCCAAUCUGUUAAAUACUCUAGUAGCGUAGAUUUAUUUUUUUCCUGGUGUGUCUGAAAUCCACUCACUUCUGGAAUUUAUUUCUCUUGAGUUCGUGUCUAUAAAGUUUGAGAUGCUAGUAAAAUAGACUGACUUACCAACAGAAAUUGCUCUGGGAUUGCACUGAUUUAUCUAAGAAAACUCGACGAUGUUCUUCAUCAUUGGGUUUUUCUUCCCCCCCGGAAAGUCUCUUGUUGUAUGUUCUCUUUGUGAAUCUUGUAAUUCAGUGUAAUCUUGGCAUUCAUUUAUUCAUUAUGGUUAUUAUGAAAGGAGACAGUUGUUCUAUGAUUGAUGUUUAAAGUUGCUGAGUGCGACUCUGCAGUGAUGGGUUCACUGAUUAUUAUGGUUUCUUCUUAGGUUGUUGGUGAAAGUAAUGCCGUGAAGAGAGCUGUUGAAAUCAUUUCAUCUCGUUUGAAGGAGAGUCUGCAUCGUGAUCGUGGUCCUUUCCGUGGACGGCCUCAUUCCCCAGAACGAUAUUUCCCUCCUGAUGACGAGUUUGCUCUAAAUUUGCAGCACAGACCAGAUGAGCUUGAUUUGGGGCCUCGGUCUCUAACCGGGGUGACAAGAUCUAGAAAUACCUCAUACCCUUCACGUUCGUCUGCUUACCCACUUGACUUCGAUGUUGUUCCAACUUCCAACCAUGCACAACCAGCUCCAUAUGAGGACCUCGUUUUCCGAAUGCUCUGCCCAAGUGAUAAGGUUGAAAGCAUCAUGGGCGAUUCGAGUGGAAUUCUUGAAAUGUUACGUGCUGAUGUGGGUGUGGAAGUUCAUGUCACUGAUCCUGUACCGGGUUCAGACGAAAGAAUCAUCACUGUAACGUCUGAAGAGGUGCAUUUCUUUGCGGUCUAUUUACUGCCUUCCCAUAACUUCUGUGUUAAUUCUUCAGCUGAUGUUCAGGGUUCUCUUCUGCAAGUAAUUUGCCAGUAUGCUGUUGAAACUGGAUUGUCGUCUUAUGCUGUAUGCUUCUCAUUUACCCAAUUUUCCAAGACGCGUGAUGCCCUCCUUUCGUGGGCAGUUUUGCAAGCAAAGACUUCCUUUGUUGACUUUAUAAUAUCCUCUUUCCUAAACUGAUAUCUCGUAAUUGUUUUAUGGUUGUUAACUUCUGAUACUCUCCUAAAGUCUCCGUGGUACAGGAGUAGAUGCCUGGUUUGAUGUCUCUGUUGAAAUGGUUAAAGUUGGGGAUGGUCGUGAGCAUUUCUUGAUUUAACUUUUUGAUCCAAUUGGAGAAUAUCAUGAAGAUUAGUGUUGUUUAUGAUAAACUUAGUCAACGAAUUAUCAAGUUCUUAUUGGGAUCUUGUCCUGUUUUCUCAUACUAUACAGUUUACAGUGUUGUUUAUCAGAUCAAGUAUUCUUGUAUCAAUUUUUCUACAAUAAACUACCCUUUUUUUCUAGUUAUAUCAAAUUCUGCAUUGUCACUAUUCCCUAAAUGUCCAGGAAACCGUCAAAAGAUCUUGGCAAAUUAAUCAAUUUAAGUUUGCUUUUAUUGUUCUAAAAUGUCACUGUUGCUUUAGGGACCAAAUGAUGACCUUUUCCCAGCCCAGGAAGCGCUUUUGCAUAUCCAAAGUCACAUGGUAGAGCUUGGCCCCGAAAAGGACAACAUUGCAACAACAAGGCUGCUCAUUUCAACAAGUGCCACCGGAUGUUUGCAGGGCAGAGAUGGGACAAUGGGUGAUCUCAGAAGACUAACUCAUGCCAACGUACAGAUAUUGCCAAGAGAAGAGAUUCCUUCUUGUGCCAAUGGGGCUUACGAGCUUUUGCAGGUUUGUGACUGUUAGGUUCAUGAAAGAUUUUAGUGUAAACUUGAUGGAAUCGUCGGUCCUAAUGAUAAGUGUAUUCAGAUUGUUGGUGAGAUUCGAGCUGCACGGGAGGCACUCAUACAGAUAACAGCGAGGCUAAGGAGCUUCUUAUACCAUGAUGUUUCCAGUCCAAAGGAAUUGCUGCCGCCUCCUGUGUCAGCCUCAGGCCAUUCUGGUUCUACUCCUAGACCUGAGUCUGGCGCCCCCAACUGUGAAGUCAAUGAAGGAAGCGAACUACCGCCGGCAGUCAGUCAGGAAAUGAAGGUUGAAGCCACUGCGCAGAAGACAGAGGUAACCACUGCUAAAGUAUACCGCUUCUACCCCCCCUUCCCCAGCACACACGACACUGAACCUAACUCUUGUUCUCCAGCUUAUCUCAUCAGAUUUUUAGUGUAUAAUAGUACCACCUUCCUGUUUGCUACUGCUGGGUUUUUCUCUUUCAUAGCUGUUAGUACGCUAUUAUUGAAAUCUGAAUAAUCUCUUGCUAUUUUGUGCUAAUGUUUGAAGGUAAGGUGUUGUUGAGGAUCUUAAACGAAUGGCUCCUCUUUCACUCCUUUGUUCUCGCUUUAGUUGUAUGUGUUAUGCUUAGAUUGUGCAGAUCGAAGGUAUGGUUGCUUGUUCUUGAGUUGUUAGCUGCUGAGCUUUUAAGGCUGCUUUCCCUGAACAGAAUUUGACUGUCAUUAGUCAUCACAACAGGCAAUCGGUCGGACUUACACUGUCAUUUAUGAUACCAUAGGAACAAGCUUAAAUGAGUUGUGGAUCAUGGGCUCAAAUGAGCAACCUUAAACCCCUAAAUGAUGGGGUGGACUACAAACGAAAUACAAUAAAUAUUUGCCAGUUCGUUGUUAUUUCUAUCAUCUUAAAGCCCGGGUGAGGCUUUCAGGAUUUGGUCAAAGUUCUAUGAUCUGCUUCCUACACGAAGUGAAUUGUCCUUCAGACAGAAUUAAAAAUCUUAUUAACUUUAGAUGGGACAGAGUUGAAAUAUCUGUUUGUUCAUUUCUGAAUAAUAAAGAAAAUUGUGCCAAUUGCGGUGAACUGAGCUUCUACGACUAGAGAGCAGUCUUGAAGCUUCCCAUGGACACUUGACAAAUUUAGUAUUAGGCUUUCUAAACUUCUCCAGUGCAAUUAGCAUGAAAAAAAUAUAAAUUAUGGGCAAUGUUUGAAGAGGUACACCCAUGAUCUUUCCUCACCACUUCAGCUCUCGUUCAGCUCAUUACUGUCUUCCGAUUACGAGUUGAAAGUUUAAUUAAUCGGUCCAAGUUCUAAUUAUUGACUGUAAUACUUGCUUUUCCACUUCCCUUUGCGGUCUCUUCCAACUGGCCCUACUCUUUGAUGUGAUUCCUUAGUGCUUUUCCCUCCAUCCCUCGUUUUUUUUCAUCUUUGCAAUCUCUGAAAUCCUCUCUAUCAUUCUCUCUAUUUUUACUUUUUUUUUUGGGGGUGGGGGGGGGGGCUACUUUUGAGGCCUACUGAAAGUAAGCGUUGCUUCAGUGCUCACCCGGGCACCAAAUUCACCUGAAGGAAUUCUUGGAUCAUCUCGCCACAUUGACAGCAUCUGAUGGAUUUGAUUCCUGUUAGGUACCGCUUUGAAAUCCAUUGGCUGUAAGCACACCGUUUAUGCAGACCAGCGGGCUUCGUGCUCUCCACCUUUUUUUUCUUCUUUAGAAAAAUAGUCGAGUUGAGAUUAUAAGGAUUGCUGAGGACAUUUUGAAUAUCCUAACAAAUUAAUUGAAAUAACUUGGAAAUCGGGUGUCAAUUUCUAUUGAAAAUCAAGUUUAUUGCCAAUUUGGACCUCAGAAUUGCCUUUGUCAAGCAAGAUUUAUGACAAGUAUAUGGCCUCAAGAGAAAUAAAAGAAUGCUGGGUUUAUCAUUGGAACUAUUUCUGGUAGUUCUUGCUAGCAAAAAUAUGCAUGCAGUAUCAUACCACCUGUGUAUGGGGGAAAAUGUGACAUGUGGGCAUAAUCAGUGGAUCAGAAGUAGUCGAGAUGCAUCGGGGCUUCUCAUGCAUGGGAGAUUUGGGAUGAGAAGAACAAUGGAAUUUUGCGACUGGAGAGUUGCUUAACAGAGAGUGUGGCCGUUUGUGGGUGGUUACAGAGUGCGUGAGAAGCUGCUGCAAACUCUUUCAGUCAAGGGCAAUAUUCCUCAAGUUGGAGAGGAUUGCCAAUCCGAAACAUCAUCCCUUGCCCAAAAAAACAUGACAAUAUGGCUGUUAUUGUCAGUUGACACUCAGAUUAUACCCAAGACUGCCAUGGCGAACACCACCAGGGAAUGAGCUACUAUUUAUCCAUAUCAUCUCUCUCAAGCCCGGUAGCUUCCCCGAAUGGCCACACCUCUUUGGUGGGUUAGUGCCGGAAAGCAAAAUCCUAGGACCUGUGAGGAUGAAACAAGACUUGUCCGCACCUGGCUCCCUUUGGUCAACGCGUAGCGGGUUGCCAUUUUUGUCGUCUCUAAAGUGAUUUACAUUACUGGGCUGUUUCUUGGGGAAAUAGAUCUUCUUUGAUUACUUUAAGAUGCCACACUAUCUCCCUUGUGAAAAUUGUCCCCUUUUGUUGCCUCAGAACAUUUAGGUUAUGAAGAUUUUUUUUAAUUCAUAAAUAUUUAUACAUAUGGUUCUUCUGAUAUUGUUUAUUGUGCUAGUGCGUACUGCAGCCCUGACUUUGUUCGGCCUCUCACAAGGGUACAAAAUUAUUGUAUUGAUAUUAUUGAAUCUGCACGUUUUGACAGCGAAUACCUAGAUUAUCCAGGUGGUUUGACCCGGGGAUCUGGUAGAUUGCAUGCCAACUCUAUGGCACUCAUCAGAUAUUUAUUAAACCUUGAGAAGAAUUUCUCGAUCAGGUUCAUGGGGUAGUGGUCUUGGAAGAGAAGAUCAUGGGCCUUUGCACCUGAUUAUUUUAGCUAGUCUACAUCAUCGAUUUAUGGUCUAUAUAUCAUUUAUUAUGCGGAUGAGGUCAAGGAGAUUUCAUUUCGGAUGCCAGGAUGCGGUGCCCUGCGGAAACGGAUCCCUGGAGCAUAAAGAAGAAGGCCAGGUUCAUGAAGAGGAGCAGCAGAAAACGGGACAGGCCAGGUGAAGCUGCACGCCUGAUUUCCCUCUGUUUAUCGAAACCUUUCCCACCUUAACUUGCCCACUUGAUCCAUCGCAUUCAUCAGAUCCACCGCGGCUCCUCCGGCUCAGAAGACCCUGGAAGUUUCCAUACCCGAGCAGGCUGUUCCGAGCCUGAUAAUGAGAUCGGGACACAAGCUGGCACAGAUCGGCGAGGUGAAAUCUAGAUGCCCUUUCUCUCUCUAGAAAAAAAAUCAAUCUUUUUUGUUGAAAACCAUAAUUUAUUAAUUAGGUCAUCGUUUUUCGAUCAGACGGAAUAUUGAAUUUGAAUGAAAACAUCAACGUUUUGGAAAUUACUUCUUUCUCUCUCCCUCUCUCUAUACAUAAAUAUGGAUAUAUUGUGCUUCAUUGACGAGGGGCCUUCAACGGAUCCUCUUGAAUAGAUGUCGGGGGCCAAGCUCAGCCUGAUCGAAGGUCGACCCGAGCAGGCCGGCAGAGUUGUCCAAAUAUGUGGAAGCCCUGAGCAGGCCGAGAGAGCCCAGAGCCUGCUCCAGGGAUUUAUCUUGAGCAGUAAGUUUUUUCUUUUUUUACCCAGAAUAGUAGUAAGCCAUUUGCCCCUCCUGGAUCUUUCCCUUAUCCAAUCCCUGACUUUACCUCUGCCCUUCUUUUCAGCGCUGUGA